GUUCCCAUAUAGCUAGCUACCUAUGCAAAAAUACACUCUCCUCCAAAAUAUGUUAAUGAUUGCCUGUUCAUAAAUUCAACACGAUAAGAAGUAUGUGUGAAAGUUGGGAAGACGGUAAUUUAAAAAGCAUAGGCCAAGUUAUUUACAAUGGAAUAUUAAAGCAUAUGCAGGGAUCAUUUAUGCAAAGUGUAGCAAAUGUAAACAUAAGAGCUGAAGGAGACACAUUGUAGUGAUUUUUUUCCCCUAGCCUCGCUUCACUGACAUGAAUGAGCAGUGGCUUGUUAAUGUUUAAUGUGUCCAUGGUGUCAUCUGUGAUCAUGUGACCCCUGGUAUAAAGCCUGACUGCUUGCUGCUGAUUUGCUUCACGAGUUCCCCAUUGGAAACACCUGCUGUAUUUUUCGAGCCUGUCGAAAGUCACACCAGGACGACAUGGAAAAAACCCUCAGUGAAAGAGUGGAGCCCCCCCCACCAUACAACCCUGCUGGAUUCUCGAACCCUUACCCGGCUGGCCCAGAGCUCCAAAACAGCCAGGGGAAGGUGGCUGUGGUCUCUCCUGCUUGUGACUAUGACAGCUUGGGCUGUGCGGCGGGUCCAAUCCCUGCCAGUCCACCUUCAUAUUCUCAGAACCUGGAGGAUAUUAGCUGCUUCUCUGAUGGGAUCCUCCGGAGGGGUUUUGUGAGGAAGGUCUAUUUAACCUUGAUGGUCCAGCUUUUAGCCACCACAGGAAUCAUAUGUGCUUUCCUGUACUGGAAGGAACUUAAUGAAUGGACACGAUCGAACUACUGGUUCACAUAUGUCAUGAUGGCAGCGACAAUUAUUUGCGUCAUAAUCCUGUCGUGCUGCAGAAACGUGAGGCGAAAAGUCCCGCAGAAUUUCAUCUUCCUGGGUUUGUUUACCGUCACAGAAGGAUUAAUGCUGGGCUCAGUGACAGUAUACUUCACCGCGGACGCCGUCAUGUGGGCAGUAGGAGCUACGGCGCUCGUCUCCUUCGCACUGAGCGUGUUUGCGAUGCAGUCAAAAUGGGACUUCACCGCAUCGAUCGGGAUUCUGUGGGCUGUUGGCUGGUCUUUGGUAGCAUUUGGAAUCCUGUGUGCUAUUUUGAGGUCACAAUACCUGAACAUUGUGUACGCCUGUCUGGGAACAGUGGUUUUUUCUGUGUACCUGGUGGUGGACACCCAGCUCAUGUUAGGUGGGAAACACCGAUACAGCGUCAGUCCUGAGGAGUACAUCUUCGCUGCCCUCAACCUGUACCUCGACGUCAUUACGAUUUUCUUGUUCCUCCUGCAGCUAAUUGGCCUGGCUCGUUAAGAAGCCCCGCAGCCAUAGCUUCCUCUAAAUUCCCAAAAAAAAAAACUUGAUAUAUAUUUGCUGCUUGGACCCAAAUUGUGCAAAAACAUUUUUAAUUUGUCUUUGCAUUAUAUUAUCCAUACAGGUUUCUACAUCUAAUGCAAUUACAAGGAUUUCAGCAAUAACACUUUUAAUAUUAUUGUGUUCAGAGUUUUAAAAGGUUUUAACUAUGAUUUGGUUUUAAUUUCAAUUUUUCCCUUAAUAAAAUUAGCUUUUAUCACAUUGA